ACGCUCCGUCCGUCUGUAGGCGGCGAAGCCUCGACGGGGACGCUUUUGUUUUUAUGCUAAUAUUUUCUUUUGCGAACCGCGGCGCUUUUGUCAACGCUCAGGUUUAUAUCGGGGGGGAAUGAUGGCAACGUUUAUCCGCGGUUGAGGAAGCUGCCGUGUUCCUGAAGAGCCUCUCGAGAUCGCCUGAGCCUCUGCCAUGAGUUGUUUGGAUGUUAUGUAUCAUCAGAGUUAUGGAGCUCAUCACUACUUGCCCGCGACAUCGGCAGCGGCAGCAGCGGCGGCUUACAAGGCGGCAUAUUACCACCAUCAACAACAUCACCAUCAGCAGCAGCAGCAGCAGCAGCAGCAGCAGAAGAAGUUCAGUGCCUACAGCAGGAUGCAGGACUCUGAGGAGUUUCCGUCUCCCUGCGGCCAGAGUAAACCGUCUGGAGCGCUGAAGCCACGUCCUGAGCCUGAGCUUCCAGCGGAGGAGGCGCAGGGAAGAGGCGAAGAGGAGCGCUGCAAGGAGACGCAGCCGGCCGAGGCCGAGUACCUGAGUGCCAGGUGUGUGGUCUUCACCUACUUCAGAGGAGACAUCGGGGAUGUGGUGGACGAGCAUUUCUCGCGUGCCCUGAGCCAGCCCAGCGCCUUCAGCAACGACGCCAAGACCGGCAGACUUCCCUCCGGAGGGCCGUGGAAAGAAGGAAACCCCCACUCCGAGGGUCAAGCUUUAGCGUCGUCCCUGUGGGGCGGCAGCUACCCACCUCAGGCCGACUUCCCCCACACCGCUGGCUUCCACCCCGCCGACGCCGGCCUCUGGAGCGGCCACAGCCUGCCCCCUCCCUCCGCUCUGGCUGACUCCUGGCACUACGGCCUGGGAGCGCAGGGUGGGGCGGGAUACCCCCACGUGCACGAGAUGUACCCUCACGUGCGUCACGCUCACCCUCACACCCACCACGUGCUCCAUCACGCCCACAGCCCCGCUCUGGACCCGCGCUUCAGCCCUCUUCUGCUGCCCGGGGUGAGAGCGUCGUGCAGCCCGCCGUCCUGUGCGGACGGGAUCAAAACGGAGCUGGAGGCCGGCGGCAUCCCGAGCUGGCCCGCCUCGUUCCACGGCUCGGUGGACAUCUAUCACGAUGCAGUGCUCGAGCAAGACAAAGCGAAGGCCAGUGUUUGGUUCUGAGUCAGAGACGCUCGACUGGACUCCGUGCCCGAGACCGGACCACUUCUGCAGCGUGGAGCCCUUCUUCACAGGACUCUCUUGGGAACUAUUCAGGGCAUCGUCAGUCUCUACCAGUGAGACAAGCACAAAAACAGCUUCGUAAAGCAUACCAUCCUGUCUGAGCUCGUGCCCGCUCGUGGACCAGUUCAGGACGCUUCUGUAAAGAGCUGUUCAAGAGCUCUUUCUUCACACAAAGGAGGCUUUCUGGUGAAGGUUGAUGCUUUAUAGAACUGCGUUUCUGUACUUGCCGCAGGUUCUGUUGAAAGAACUGACUGUAUUAGUACAGCAGGCGGAAACGCGUGAGAAGAUCUUGAUUUACUUUAAUAUAUUUGUCUUGUGACUUUACCG